AUGGCGAAUUCGUCGCGAUUGGAAAUAAGUGUCAAAGAUCAGUUAUCUUUGUAUGACAUUUUAAAAGUUUUUAACAAUCCUAUUAAUGAGGAACAAGCUUGGGCUAUUUGUCAUCAAUGUGUACAAUAUUUUAAUGUGAAACAACCUCAGGAAAAAUUACAGGAAUUUUUUUUAUACGGAAUACAAGCCUUACGUUUGAAAAAGGAUGGUGAAAUUUAUGUGGAUUCCUCUGCAAAUACUGAUUGUCAAUUGAAAAUAUUAUUUUGUACCAAGAAACAACGGAGUGCAAUCAGAACAUUGGGUGUAACAAUUUUUAAAGCUUUAGAUCAUGGAUUUCAUGAAAAUGAGGAAAGACAACUAAGCCAUGAUCUGGAGAAUUUGAUAGAUCUGAUGACACAUGAAGAUGAUGAAACUGAUGAAUCUCAAACAGCUGAUGAUGAAGGUAUUGAGAAAGAUGCUGAAGAUGAUUUUGACACUAGAGAAUCUCCACAACAUUGUACAUUUAAACAAGUAGAACUGUUAUGUACCCAUCACCUAUCUUCCAGACAAGAUACACGUCAUUAUAAAGCUGUAUGUAGAGCCUUAGUUACAGAAGCUCAGGAAUUAAUUAGUUUUCUUGAUAAAAUAUCAACUGGUCAGCAGAAUCUAUCAAAUCAAUCAAGAGAUAAUGAUAGUCGUGCUCUUGAUGAUCUGGAGAGCAGUGAUUGGGCGCGAUUAUGGGUACAGAUUAUGCGACAGUUACGACAAGGGGUGAGAUUAAAGAAGGUUGAACAUGUGAAUUUUCCACCAGUAGAAUAUGAAUUGACUCCGUUUGAGAUAUUGUUAGAAGAUAUCAGAUCUCGGAGAUACGCCCUCCAUAAAAUUAUGAUUAAUGGUGAAUUACCUCAAAAAGUCAAAACAGACGCUCAUAAUGUGAUAUUAGAUUUUAUCCGUUCCAGACCCCCAUUAAAAAAGGCUAAAGACAGAAAAUUAAAAACACUACCACCCAACCCCCCAGAUCCUAGAGAAUUAUUAUUAAGUGAUAUCAGAAGCAUUCCUAAAUUACGACCAACAUCAAGGACUACAUUAGACUCCAGUGAUGAAGAGCUCAGUCCACAACCUAUACGAAAAAUAAUCAAACCUGACUUUAAUCUACUACUCAAUAACAGUUUUGAUGUAAGUUACAAUUUUAAUCACUAUCAAAGUGUUCCAAAUAUGAGUGAGCAUGUCCUGUUUUGUUCCUCUGCUUGCCAACACAGAAAUUAUGCGACGACAUCAGAAAGAAGACAAUGUACAUUAGUUAGAAGACAUACCAUCAUGGUGUGUGAAUCACCAACAGACGGCAAGGUAGUUCAACAAGAGUUACCACCCUUAGAGGAAGAAGAACCAUGUGAAUCACCAAAACCUCCAAUUCAAAAUUUAUCCGACCUUAAAAAUUAUACUAGUCCAGAAACAGUUACAUGUUGUGGUAAAAGAUGGCGAAAUCCAAUUGAGUGUUUGAAUUUAACAUUAGAAGAAGUUACGCAUAUAAGAAGUGUUUUAACCAAAGCUGAAUUAGAAUCUUUAAUAACUCAACCAACAUUGUAUAAUCAGGUAGCUAAGUCAAAGAUUUGUUUUACUUGUAAGAAAGUGAAAUUUUCAUUAUUUGGUGAAUGGGGAACAAAAUGUAAAUUCUGUAAAAGAUCUGUUUGUAGCAAGUGCCUUCGAAAAAUGAAUGUACCAACUGAACAUUUUAAAAAUAUUCCUGUACAUACAUUAUGUCCUGGUUCUCCUACACAUGAAUCUAAAGAAGCUAUGAAAAAACUUGUCAAGUAA